AUGGCGCACAGCUCGCAACACUCUGUAUUUCACCACGCAAAACUGGCAGAGUUUGCCGUUUCCAAAAAGUCCUACCUGGAGGCUCAUCCAGAUGCGCCUUUUGGCUACAUCGCGGCGAGCGUCCUCGUCGUGGACCUACCGCCUCGCUCCAAGCCUCGAAUUCUACUACUGCAGCGCGCCGCGGACGACGACGACCCCAACUUGUGGGAGCCGCCGGGCGGCGCGUGCGAGGACGACGACCACAGCAUCCUGUACGGCGCGGCCCGCGAGCUCCGGGAGGAGACGGGCCUCGAGGCCGCCUGCUUCAUGGCGCAGGCGGGAGAGCCCCAUUUCUACACGCUCGACGACGGCAAGAAGGUUUGCCAGUUCAACUUUCUCGCAAUCCCGGAGCUGGACAAGACGAUCUCGCUGGACCGAGAGGAGCACCAGCGCUUCGUGUGGGCCACGAGAGAACAGGUAGAGAGGGGUAGGGUGGAGGAACAGGGGAUCGACUUGAAGUUUACACGGAAGGAGGUUUUGCGUACUAUUCUUUCGGGGUUUGAUUGGCUUUUGGAGAAUACCGCACCGAUAAAGAUGGAAGAAGGAAAACUCAUGACGGGAAAACAGCUGAUGUGA